AUGGCUCCCGAGCAGGUGAUAUACAGCCGCGGCCUGUACCAUGGCCUGCCAACGUUUCACCAACAUGAAGGCCGCCAGUAUACCGCUCUCGUCCUGGGAGCGAGCGGCAUCACGGGCGCUUACAUUACCCGAGCACUGUCGCGCUCACCACACUGGAAAACAAUCUUCGCCGUCAGCCGCAGCAAGCCUCACGAGCAAGCUCUUCCAGAUCAUGUGGUCCACGUCCCAAUCGACUUGCUGAGCGAGCCCGAUGAGAUCGCCGAGGCUUUCGAACACAAUAACGUCGCGCCGGACUACGUCUUUUUCGCCGCUUACAUCCAACCCAAAACAAAACCAGGAGAGGCCCUAGGGUCAAAUAUGGCUGAGAUCGAGCGCAUCAAUGUCCUUCUACUGAGAAAUUUGCUUUCAGCACUAGAAAUCGCCCACAUCAGCCCGAAACGAAUCCUGCUCCAGACAGGAGCAAAGCACUACGGAGUCCACCUCGGACCGACGCUGACUCCAAUGGAAGAGUCAGACCCUCGCUAUCUGCGAGCUCCCAACUUCUACUUCCCUCAAGAGGACCUUCUGUGGAACUGGUGCCAGCGACUUGCAGUGGAAUGGAACGUCACUCGCCCGGGCUUCAUCGUCGGCGCUGUCCCCAAUGCUGCAAUGAACAAGGCUUACGGCUUAGCCGUGUAUGCUUCCGUUCAGGCGGAGUUGGGUGCGGAGCUCGAUUACCCAGGGUCUGUGAUCGCAUGGGAGGCGGAGAAGCAUCUCAGCGCCGCAGAGCUGAUAGGCUACCAUGCAGAGUGGGCAGUGCUAACUGACGCUGCUAAGAAUGAGGCCUUGAACAUCGCGGACGACUCGAUGUUCACGUAUGCCAAGUUCUGGCCGACACUGGCGAGCUGGUAUGGCUUGAAGUACGGCGUUCCAGGUCCUACGAAGGAGAGUAUAACCAUGCCCGUUGCUCCUCCGCCUCGUGGCUUUGGUGGACCGGGAAAGAUUGAUUUCGCCUGGUCGUUUCAAGAGUGGGCGCGGCGCGAUGAUGUGCAGGCUGCUUGGAAGAGGUUGGGGACGAAACACGGCUUGGUGAAGUCGCCGUUCGACGACAUUACGGGCGUCUUUGGCAUUCUGGACGGCGACAUUUCCAGUCCGUGGGCAAGAAGUAUCAGUAUGGGCAAAAGCAGGAAACUCGGUUGGCAUGGGUAUGUCGACAGUCAUGAGGCGAUAUUUGCAACGAUCAAUGAAUUGGCCGAGUUGAAGAUGGUGCCGCCUGUGCCGAAGGCUUUUGGACAAAGAGUACGCUAUGUAGGCUAUCAGCCGAUCGAUUGA